AUGUCCAGUGAUAGAGAAGUAUUAGACAAUGAUAGCCUUGAUAGCCUUGCUAGCCUUCCAAAGGCUGUCUCGCUAAUGGAUUCUCACUCGAAUCCAAUCCAGCAAUCCAGCACAAUUGCACAUGCACCUGCAUUUGAUCAGGUCAGCGAUAAACUCUUCAAGUCCAUUCAACAAUGCAUUGACUCUGCACUCAAACCACUAGUACAACGAAUGGCAGAUAUUGAAAAGGCCAUGGUCAUCCGAACAGCAUCUAUCGCAGAGCAAGUGUCCACUGUGAGUCUCAACCAGCAAAUUCUUCAUCAAAAUCUGAUUGAUAUUAUGGAGAAGGUCGAUCAAUUGCAAUUUGAGGAGCAAUCAGUGUACACAGACAAAGAGUCUAUGUCUAGCUUUGACAUCCCAGCUAAGCGAUCUACUAGAAAUGCUGAUAAUGCAUCUGUUUGCAGCACAGAAGCGAGCGAAUACCUAUCCAACUCUGAUGAAGGAGACGGCGAUGAUGAUUCUGUGUGUACGGAAACAGCUGAAAUCCUGAACCAAUUUCACAUACCUGAAGCAGUUUCGAUCAAUGCUGAGCGCUACAAUCAGUUCACACGCAUCGAGUCGAGGAAGUAUACAGCCAGGUUCAGCAAUGCAAAUCAAGCGACUUUGUCCACUGAUCAGACGAACAUAACCCAUACAUCCAACAAUGACAAGCCAAUGGAGCAGACAGAGCAAACAGGACCAAAGCCAUUACAGAUCAUACCUGGAAUACCUGUCGUACCACUAACAACCGCUGCCAAUGCGGCAUCAGCAAAGCCUAUCAUGUCAACAAGUAGGCCAAUGUCUGCAAAUACCCCAAUCUCAUCUGUAGCGCCCAUCAACCAAGCAAUUGUAUCUCUGCCACCUACAGUGCCUGUGGCCAAAAAAACACAGCCCAUAACAAUAGCGCCUAUCACAGUAUCCAUCCCUACACCUAACUCUGCCGUACCAGCAACAGAGUCACCCUCACUUACAACCUCAGUAGGAGCUUCUUCAGAACCAACGCCACCUCUAGCUGAUCCAGCACCUGCACCGAGCUCAGUGACGGUGUCACAAGUCAAAAUCGAAGGAAACAGAUCGAGAUCGAAUCAAAGGCAAAACAGGAGAGAACCCAUAGGCAAAAAGUUUGAAUACGUCUAUUUCGAAUACGUUAUCAGAUCUCGCGCUAAAUGCAAGGACAUUCGAACAGAGCUGACUGGCAUUGGCAUUCAAUCAAAGAAACUGCUUGAUGUUUAUUUCCCUGGUAAAAGGGUGGCAGCCGCGUUGUUUCCUGACAAUUAUCUUGACGAAGCAAUCGACAUGUUACAAAAGAACAAUUUCACCAUUUUGACAAAUUUCAGCCCACUUGAUUCGAAAAACCUCGGUGAUCCCAAAUACAAGAAUUUGUCAAACGAGGAGCGCAAUGAAAUCUUACGGAAUUUCCAUGAAAAGCAAAUGUGCAGAGCAAUAGAUCGUGUCAGGUAUCCCGCCAAAUCCUAUGUCUAUGAGGACUUUUAUAAAAAGGGUUGGAUUUCCAAAGAGACAUAUACAAAUUAUCUGUUGGAUAUAUUCAGGCCCUGA